GAAAUCAUUUAGAACGAACGCACCAUUCGAACGCACGUGACCGUUACGUCACAUCCUUCAAAAACCGGUGUCGAGAGAAGAGCAUAGUUCGCUGACCGAGAAAUGGCAUUGCUACGGAACAAAAUAGUGCAGAUUCUGUUAAACCAACAGUCGACGUUGGGUUCCUGCAAAUAUGCCACUGCAUCUUCAACAAACCUGCGUGAGGUGCUGACCAAUCUGAUCCCAGAAAAGCAGGAGGAAGUGAAAAAGUUUCGAGCAGAACAUGGCAAGACUGUGGUUGGCAGCGUCACAGUGGAUUCGAUUUAUGGGGGCAUGAGGGGCAUCAAGGGUCUGGUGACAGAGACCUCCGUCCUGGAUGCCAACGAAGGCAUCCGUUUCCGUGGUUACAGCAUUCCAGAGUGUCAGAAGCUACUGCCAAAAGGUAACGGAGGUACAGGUGAGGAGCCCCUGCCAGAGGGCCUGUUCUGGCUGCUGUUGACCGGCCAGAUGCCCACCCAGGAACAGGCUGAUGCAGUGUCCAGAGAGUGGAACAAGCGUGCGGCCAUUCCCAACCACGUGAUCCAGAUGUUGAACAACUUCCCCAGCAACCUGCACCCCAUGUCUCAGUUCAGUGCAGCCAUCACCGCCCUCAACACGGAGAGCAAGUUUGCCAAGGCAUACUCUGAGGGAGUCAAGAAGACCAAGUAUUGGGAGUACACUUACGAAGACUCGAUGGACCUGAUCGCCAAGCUGCCAACAGUUGCGGCCAUCAUCUACCGUAACCUGUACCGGGAGGGAAGUCCCGUUGGUGCCAUUGACAUGAAGAAGGACUGGAGCUGGAACUUUGCCACCAUGCUCGGUUAUGAGAACGCGGACUUUGUGGAGCUCAUGAGGCUCUACCUCACCAUCCACAGUGAUCAUGAGGGAGGCAAUGUGAGUGCCCACGCCACACAUCUGGUGGGCAGUGCCCUGUCAGACCCUUACCUCAGCUUUGCUGCAGGAAUGAACGGACUUGCUGGACCUCUGCACGGAUUGGCUAACCAGGAAGUGCUGGUGUGGCUGACCAAGGUACGAGAACAGGUUGGAGACAACAUUACUGAGCAACAAAUGAAGGACUUCGUGUGGAACACACUCAAGGCAGGACAGGUUGUGCCGGGCUACGGCCAUGCAGUGCUGCGUAAGACCGACCCCCGAUUCACCUGUCAGCGAGAGUUUGCCCUCAAGAAGCUGCCCAACGACCCGAUGUUCAAGCUGGUCUCCAGCCUCUACAAGGUGGUACCGGACAUACUCCUGGAACAGGGCAAGGUGCAGAACCCAUGGCCCAAUGUGGACGCACACAGCGGUGUACUCCUACAGUACUACGGUAUGAAGGAGAUGAACUACUACACCGUUCUGUUUGGUGUGUCAAGAGCCCUGGGAGUGUUGGCUUCUCUCGUGUGGGAUCGCGCGCUGGGCCUGCCCCUUGAGAGACCAAAGUCUUACGAUACACCACAUCUCAUAAAGCUUGCACAUGCUGUCAAAAAAUAGACUCGCCCUUAAUGUUCCAUUGUGUAGAUUUGCUGUUAAGCGUAAUGGCAAGAAAAAGACUAUAUUCAAUUCUGAUAUCAAACCACAUCGUCGCAUAGCGCAAUUUCUCUGCAGUUAAUUGUGAAAUAUAUCAAUGCCAAUAUGCCAUACUUUACUGUGUAUGACGCACAGUUUUAUAGCCCUAACAUGGUUGCAUGUAAUACAUGUUAAAUUAGCUUAAGUUGUUAUAACGGACACAAAUAUAAAUGCAUCUUCAUAGUGUGUGUGUUAAUUUUAAAGAUUUAAAUGUUAAUAUUUAGUAAAUUAUAAUUAAUUAAUUUCAUGAAACUAAGUUUGUGUAUAUUUAUGAUGAAUAAAAAAUAUUGUUGGACAUUUUGACCAGCAUUCUAGCAUAUGGACACUUGUAAUUUACUGAACAUUAUUUAUAAGAAACUUUUGUUACUUAUAUGCAGUGUUUGUUUUCUUACCAUUCUUCCUCCUUGACAAUGCUUUCUGCCUCUUAUGAUAAAUGAUUAAGAAAUGAAAAUGUGUAACAUGUUACAGAUUGUUAUUGAAUACUAAAAUUAAGAUUGUAAUUUUUCAUGAUAAAUAUGCAAUCUUUGUUUUCGUACUUUUUCUUCUGGAUAAUAGCGAAUAAUUUCUGCUUCUUGUAUUGUGUGUCACCCUAUGUUUGUUUUAAUUAGUAAUUGUAAAUUUGGUAUAAAUAGUUGUUUAAACGAAUUGAACAACUAUUUAUUUAUUUUC